AUGGUUUUUUCCUCCAUCCCAGCUUAUCUUGAUCCAUCCAAUUGGCAACAACAACAAAAUCCUCAAAUUGGAACUAGCACUGGAAAUGGAAACCCUCAUCUUCCACCACCUCCGCUGCCACCACCACCACACCAGGGUGAUGGUUCGGGCUCAGUCAGGCCUGGUUCGGUGGCUGACCGGGCCAGAAUGGCCAACAUACCCAUGCCAGCAGCUGCCCUGAAAUGCCCUAGAUGUGAAUCAACAAACACAAAGUUUUGCUACUUCAACCACAACAGCCUCACUCAGCCUCGACACCUUUGCAAGACUUGCCGGAGGUACUGGACAAGAGCCAGUGCCCUAAGAAGCGUUCCUGUGGGCGGUGGUUGCCGAAGAAACAAGGGAAGCAAAGGAAGUAACAGCUCGAAAUCUCCGGUCAGCGGUGGCGGUGGUGAUGGGCAAACUAGCAGUGGUUCAACAAGUGCAAUCUCAUCUUGCACUAGUGUUGGCACAGCCUGUUUAUUAGGUCUCACACCACAAAUUCCACCACUCCGGUUCAUGGCAGCUCCACUGAGUCAACUCACUGAUCAUCAUCAUCAUCACUAUGGGGAAAUCGGGUUGAAUUACAGUGGAAUUUCAGCUCCUUUGGUGGUUACAAGUGACAUGAGCAUGAAUUUCCACCUUGGAAUUAGUUCACGUGGUCUCGGUGGCAGUGGUGGCAGUGGCAGUGGAAUCGAGCACUGGCGGUUGCAACAACCAAAUCAGAUUUCCCCGAUGGCGGGCUUGGACUUUCCAGGUGUUUUGUACCCAUUUCAAGGUGGUGUAGAGCCCCCUGGCUAUGGUGGUGAGGGUAGUUAUGUCCGGCCAAAGCCACCGGGUUUAGGGUUUACUACUCAUCAACUCGGUUCAGUGAAAAUGGAAAACAAUCAGGUUCAGGAGUUGAAUUUGUCAAGGCAGUUUUUGGGAAUUCCAAGAAAUGACCAGUAUUGGAGUGGUUCUAGUUCUGCUUGGACUGACCUUUCUGGGUUUAGCUCAUCUUCCACUAGGAAUCCCCUAUGAUUAAGUUCUCCAUCUAUCUUGUGAUCCCCUAAGUGAAGCUUAGUUUUCUCGGAAAAGUGAAACGAAAGUUUCAUACUUAGUCAUAGCUUGGGAGUUUUGAAUUUAGUUGGCCAAGAUGGAGGAUUUUGAUGAUGGACUAAGGACUUUGUCUCAAAAAGUUUGUCUGAAAACCCUAGAUAGUAUUUCAUGCUUUCAAUAUUUUUUUUUUGGUUUAAUUUUAUUUUAUUUUGUUUGCGUCUGAGCAUGUUUACAUAGAUGAAUGUAUGAGUUGUAGUAGUUUCUAUAUUGGAGUUUUUUUUUUUCUUUCCUUUUUGUUGAAGUCCUAAUUUUCAAAAGUGAUCAAUAUCA